CUACUUUGUGGCACAUACAGUUGCAGAACAAAUUGAUCAACUCUUGGUGGUGAUCAACUCUUUAAUACAUAAAUACAAAUGACUCCAGGGACUGGAAUGGAUGGUUUCACUUUAUAAUAACAAUCUGAAUGGAAUUUUAGCCGAUGAAAUGGGAUUAGGAAAGACCAUACAAACUAUUGCACUCAUCACAUACCUGAUGGAGCACAAAAGACUCAAUGGCCCCUAUCUCAUCAUUGUACCCCUUUCGACUUUAUCCAAUUGGACAUAUGAAUUUGACAAAUGGGCUCCUUCUGUGGUGAAGAUAUCUUACAAGGGUACACCUGCAAUGCGCCGCUCACUUGUUCCUCAGCUUCGAAGUGGAAAAUUUAAUGUUCUUUUAACUACUUAUGAGUACAUAAUAAAGGACAAACAUAUCCUUGCUAAGAUUCGGUGGAAGUACAUGAUAGUAGAUGAAGGCCAUCGAAUGAAGAACCAUCACUGCAAGCUGACUCAGGUCUUGAAUACUCACUAUGUGGCCCCUAGGCGAAUACUGCUGACUGGGACUCCAUUGCAGAACAAAUUGCCUGAACUUUGGGCUCUUCUCAAUUUCCUCCUCCCAACCAUUUUCAAGAGCUGUAGCACCUUUGAACAGUGGUUCAACGCUCCAUUUGCCAUGACUGGAGAAAGGGUGGACUUAAACGAGGAAGAAACUAUUCUGAUUAUUCGUCGUCUCCAUAAAGUGCUCCGACCCUUCCUAAAAAAGAAAGAGGUUGAAUCUCAACUGCCAGAAAAGGUGGAAUAUGUGAUCAAAUGUGAUAUGUCAGCUCUUCAGAAGAUCCUGUACCGUCACAUGCAAGCCAAGGGGAUUCUUCUCACAGAUGGUUCUGAAAAAGAUAAGAAGGGAAAAGGAGGGGCAAAAACUCUUAUGAACACUAUCAUGCAAUUGAGAAAGAUAUGCAAUCACCCAUACAUGUUUCAACACAUUGAGGAGUCCUUCGCUGAACAUUUAGGCUACUCAAACGGUGUCAUCAACGGAGCCGAACUUUAUCGGGCCUCAGGGAAGUUUGAGCUACUCGACCGUAUUCUACCAAAGUUACGAGCUACUAACCAUCGUGUGCUUCUGUUCUGUCAAAUGACGUCACUCAUGACCAUUAUGGAAGACUACUUUGCCUUUCGAAAUUUUCUUUACCUGCGUCUCGAUGGCACAACAAAAUCAGAGGAUCGAGCUGCUCUGUUGAAGAAGUUCAAUGAACCUGGAUCACAAUACUUUAUCUUCUUGCUGAGUACAAGGGCCGGAGGGCUAGGCUUAAAUCUCCAGGCUGCUGACACUGUUAUAAUCUUUGAUAGCGACUGGAAUCCUCACCAGGACUUGCAGGCCCAAGAUAGAGCUCACCGAAUUGGUCAGCAGAACGAAGUUCGAGUCCUGCGGCUGUGCACUGUCAACAGUGUGGAAGAGAAGAUACUUGCAGCUGCGAAGUAUAAGCUGAAUGUAGAUCAAAAAGUUAUUCAGGCUGGAAUGUUUGAUCAGAAAUCUUCAAGCCAUGAAAGGAGAGCCUUCCUACAAGCUAUAUUGGAGCAUGAAGAGGAAAAUGAGGAGGAAGAUGAAGUUCCUGAUGAUGAGACUCUGAAUCAGAUGAUUGCUCGACGUGAGGAGGAAUUUGAUCUCUUCAUGCGCAUGGACAUGGACCGUCGCAGGGAGGAUGCUAGAAACCCCAAGCGUAAGCCCCGCUUGAUGGAGGAGGAUGAAUUACCAUCCUGGAUUAUUAAGGAUGAUGCUGAAGUUGAAAGGCUUACGUGUGAAGAAGAAGAAGAGAAAAUAUUUGGAAGAGGAUCCCGUCAACGCAGGGAUGUGGACUACAGUGAUGCUCUCACAGAGAAGCAAUGGCUGCGGGCAAUUGAAGACGGCAAUUUGGAAGAAAUGGAAGAGGAAGUUCGGCUUAAAAAACGGAAGAGACGAAGAAAUGUGGAUAAAGAUUCUGGGAAGGAGGAUGGAGAGAAAGCAAAGAAAAGAAGAGGCAGACCUCCCGCAGAGAAGUUGUCACCCAACCCACCCAAACUGACAAAACAAAUGAAUGCUAUCAUUGAUACUGUGAUAAACUACAAGGAUAGUUCAGGACGGCAGCUAAGUGAAGUCUUCAUUCAGCUCCCAUCCAGGAAAGAAUUACCAGAGUAUUAUGAAUUGAUUAGGAAACCAGUGGACUUCAAAAAGAUAAAGGAAAGAAUUCGCAACCAUAAGUAUCGGAGUCUUGGGGACUUGGAGAAGGAUGUCAUGUUGCUGUGUCACAAUGCUCAGACAUUCAAUUUGGAGGGAUCACAGAUCUAUGAGGAUUCUAUUGUUCUUCAGUCUGUGUUCAAAAGCGCACGACAGAAGAUUGCCAAAGAAGAAGAAAGCGAGGAUGAAAGCAAUGACGACGAAGAUGAUGAGGAAGAAGAAGAAUCAGAAUCAGAAUGUGAGUCCCCUGCUAAAUACUGA